GCACAACAGAAAGAUCGCACAGCAUCAUGGGGAGAGGCAAGAGGUGGUGCGAUCAGGAGGACGAGGCUCUGGCUCGUGCGAACAAGGCUACCGCUGAAAACUCCAUCCAGGGGACUGAUCAAAAGGCUACUGCUUUCUGGGAGAAUGUGUGCCAGCGUACAGCAACAGCUUUCGGCGGCGACUCUCGGACCUUGCAGGCCAUCAAAAAUCGCUGGAGCUUAAUUUCUCAUGACACGGCCAAGUUUGCUGGGUGUGUUUCUCGCGUGAAAGCUCGCAAUAAGUCGGGGAAGACUUAUGACGAUGUUGUCAAUGAUGCUGUCGCAUUGUUCCAGGAAACUCAUGGAAGUAGGUUCGAGUAUUUGUCGUGCUGGAUGAUCUUGAAAAGCUGCCGCAAGUUUGCUGCGUUUGGCUUACCUGCUCGUCAAAAGCGUAGCCGUGACGCUGUGGCGGAGCCAGAGAAAGAGACUAGUGAGCGUCCACAAGGACGGGAUCAAGCCAAGAAAGCACGAGUUCAGGAUUCAGCUUUAGAAUCGACGUCAUCGCUCCUACGCCAGCUACUCAGUCGUAUCACGGAGAAGCACGAGAGAGUGCUGGCAGAGAUGACGCGUAAAAAUGAGCUGCGUGAUGAAGAGCUAGCUAUUCGCCUUUUUGAGACCUCUUCUAGAUCACAAGAAGCAACGCAAUUCAUGGAUUUGAAUUAA